AUGUCUCAUCCAUGGGAUGACAAGGCUGAAACCCUUACAACAGUCUUAUGGCAAGAUCUGCAGUGGAACAUAGAGGGACUGAGCUGGGAGGAGGAGGAAUGUGGAACCAAAAGAGUCUCUGUCCCUCGAACAAAUCUGUGGGUCCCAGACAUCCACAUUACAGAGCUCUUGAAGCGUGGUACUUGUUUCUUUUCACAAGUUCAUUCUAAGAAGAAGGCCUAUGUGGUGAACCUCCUGAUCUGCAGUUGCUUCCUCAUCGCAGUGGACCUCUUCAGCGUCCUGCUGCCUCCCCACAGUGUGGACCGAUCCUCUUUCAAGAUGACCCUCAUCCUGGACUACACAGUUUUCCUGCUCAUCAUGAACGAGCUGCUGCCUUCCACCGGGGACACGACACCUCUCACCAUCAUUUUCUUCUCCAUCAGUCUCUCUCUGAUGGUGGCCAGCCUGCUGGAGACAGUGUUAAUCACUAGUAUCCAGUCCAGCAACUCCAGUGUGGUGCCUCACUGGUUCAGUGUCGUUGUGUUAAAAUAUUUAGCUGUUGCUGUUUGUCUCCCUCCAAAGAAAAAGAGCAACCAAAUCACUGUCUUCUUCAACUCAUAUCUCAGCGGGACACAUCUUGGUCCGAUCAUUGUAGUGUGUAGACGCUCUGUCCCAUGUUGCUGUGUGUUGCCUGCCAACCUUACUAGUCGUGUCACCCUGUUUCCCUGGAUUUGGAUUUCUGUUGGAUCACCUGUUUAUUUGGACUCUGUUAUUUUUGGAUUAUGGAUUAUGGAUUCUGGAUUCAGCUACUCUGUUGUAAGUGUGCUCGCUUUUGUUUGUUGGAAUUAAACCUUCUUUGAACUGCA